CCGAUUAAAAUUAUGUUUUGUUGAAAAUUUCGUUCCGGUGACAGAGGGGGCAAGAGGCACAGACUAUAGUUGCCAUGUUUUCUCGAUUUUUUUGAACGUCUCAUUUCCUCCGCAUCUUCGCACAACAAACGGCCGAAAAUCGCUGACAAGUCGACGUAAAUUCCGCGAAUAUCCAAACGUCUCGACCCUCUCCAAAGCCGCAUAUAAAUAGAACCGGAUCUCGAUAAACAAUGACCAGUCGAAAAAUCUAAAACGAAUAGUUUAGAUUGUAGACAAUGCCAAAAUCCCACUGAACCUCACAACAACAACAACAACAGCAACAAAAAAAGCUACCAAACAACCACAACUAUCAUGAAGGUGACAGUCACAACAUUAACGGACGUAAUAUUCGUCCUGGACGUGUCCGAGGACCUGGAACUGGAGAAUUUCAAAGCCUUCUGCGAGAUCGAGUCCGGCUUUCCGGCGGGCGAAAUCGCCAUCGUUUUCAAUGGGAUGCCACUGCUUGACAACAAGAAGUCCCUCAAAGACCACGGGGUGCAAGACGGCGACGCCGUAAUCCUCCAGCAUAUGCAAAGUGCCUCACAGGCCAGCAUCGAUCAGGCAUCCUCAGUGACGAGUUUCGAUUUCAGUCGGAUCGAAAUACCGAACAGUCAACGAAACCGGUCGGUCGAAGAUGAUCCGGUUAUGAUCAGGGACAUGUUCCUCGCUAAUCCCGAUCAACUGGCGUUGCUGAAACAGAACAAUCCGCGGCUCGCCGACGCCUUACUUAGUAACAAUAUCGACACGUUCGCGUCCGUGUUGAGGGAACAAGUGUCCGCCAGGCAAGAGAGGGAACAACAGAGACUCAGGAUGAUCAACGCGGAUCCCUUCGACACCGAGACUCAGCGGCUGAUAGCCGAAGAAAUUAGACAGAAGAACAUUGAAGCGAACAUGGAGGCGGCGAUGGAGUACAAUCCGGAAUCGUUUGGCACGGUGGUAAUGUUGUACAUUAACUGCCGGGUUAACGGGUAUCCUGUAAAGGCGUUCAUAGAUUCCGGUGCUCAAACGACGAUAAUGUCUAGCCGAUGUGCGGAACGUUGCAACAUAAUGAGGCUGGUGGAUACGCGAUGGGCGGGCAUUGCAAAAGGCGUGGGCGUACAAAAGAUAAUAGGGCGCAUACACAUGGUUCAGAUCCAGAUCGAGAACAUCUAUUUGACGACCAGCUUCUCAGUGCUGGAGGAACAACCCAUGGACAUGCUCUUAGGUCUGGACAUGCUGAAACGCCAUCAGUGCUGUAUCGACCUGCACAAUAACGUGCUGAGGAUCGGGACGACGGGCACGGAGACGGCGUUCCUAAGCGAAAGAGACCUACCCGAGUGCGCCAGGCUCAGCAGCAUGUCGGAGGAAGAGUUGAUCGACCGUUCCAGGAAGGAUGUGGAGGAGAAGGACCUGCAAACGGCGAUACAAAAAAGCAAAGAGUCAGCGGCCGGUACGAGCGGAACGGCGCAGGCCACGUCCACGCAGCCGGACAAGUUCGGGGAGCAGGACGUGCAGGAGUUGUGCGCGAUGGGGUUCGCGAGGGACCAGGUGUUGUUCGAGCUGAGGCGUUUCGACGGCGAUAAGACACAGGCGACCGCCGCCCUUUUCGCAAAAUCGCUCAAGUUUUAAUAAUCAGUCUCCGUAUUCUCUGCUUUAUUUUGUACAAAGACGACAGAUUCAUUUAUUUAUGUAUACCCAAUGAACACUACUAUUGUGAACAACCAUUCAGAGCUGCUCAACUUUUUUAAUUGUUUGUUAACUUUUUAUUUUAUUUUGUAUAUAUUCACACUUUUUUGUGUUAAAAAUCGGCUAUUACUGUAAUAUCAUGUUGAAAACAGUACAAGUGAUCAAGUAGAGGAUACUGCUCAAUCAUUAUUUUAUUUUUUGAUCAGGUUUCUCUAUUUAACGUAUCUUGGAGAGUUAUGAAGACCUGUUGAAAUCUUUAUACACGUUAUAUAAUUUUACAAUUGUAAGCAGGUAGAGAAAACAACUCGACAAGACGCUAUUGUUUUGGAUAAUCGGAUAUUUUUGUACAUUUAUAAACAAACAGCGAUUUGGCGAAAGUCUCAUGUAACAUUAUGAAUAAGUAUUUUGUGAUUGUGCGGUGUUACCGGUCCAGGCCGGUUGUCCUAAGCAUUUCUAUUAUUAUACAAGACUGCAUCGUUUCAUUAAUUAUAUUAAGAUUUAUGACAAUUGUACGGGGAUUUAUAUAGACUUACGGUGUUUAUAAAUUCAUAUCACGGCACUUUCUUUUGUAUCUAUUACCUACAGUGCAGCAUUAUUAAUUUGGCUUUUCUGUAGGGUGGAUUGAUUGUAAUUGGACAGUGGGAUGUUCCAGAAAAAGGGCAUGCAAUUGUGGGAUAUAAAAAUCUUAUUAAAAAGUUAUACAAGUUA